AUGCCCAGCACCGAACUGGUCCCGCCAGCCCCACAGGUCCUUUCCCCCGUGACGCCAGCCGAGCUCUUAAUCCACAUCAUCAACCAUCAUCGGCACCCGACGACUGUCGUCGUCGCUUCGCCGAGGCAGCCCUUCCUGGACGCCCUGGCCCUCGAGGUCGGCCCGAGGGUGCGGCAGCAUAGCGACGAGAUCCUCCCCAAGACGCUCAUCCAGACAGCCGUGUCUCGCCACAUCCGCCUCGUCUUCGCUCCGACCCCCACCCAUCUCCGCGCCUACCUGGCUACCUUUUCCGACCGUCACAGUCACAGGGGUAUCGUGCCGGAUCCUCCGCCAGCGACCCACAGCAGCAGGGGAGGUCGGCGUCUUCAUCGUCACCCUCUGCUGCUUGUCUAUGCCUUCCUCGAGAUACACCGCCUGACGAGCGAGUGGUCGGCCCAGGGCAUAGCGGCCACGGCGGCCACACUCGUCGAGGCCGCUGCCCGGACCGGCUUCAGAGCUGCCGUCGUGGAGCCACGCGGGGGCGGGGGCGGUGGGGAGUAUGCCUUCGAAACGCUGGACCAGUUCCUGCGGGAGGAGGUCCCGCUGCUGAAUGGCGCGAGGAGGAGGGAUGAUACAGGUGACUGGAUCGGGCGGACCGUCGACGUGGCCAGCAUCCUGGGUCGGUGGUUUGAUCUCGAGCCAGGAGAAGAGGGAGGAUCGCAGGAUACUGCUGCCGACGACGUGGGGUCGAAGCAUGGAACGCAACCACCACCGGGCGCCGAUGACGGAGCACAGCACGUGUGA